AUGUCCACUUGGGUGUAUCCUCCCGUACCCCCAGACGAACUCCGAAAAGCUGAGGAAGAGUCCUUGAAGCUCGAGCUUCAAUGGCUUCUGCAAUCAUUGCAGCACUCUCUUCAGGCCCUCAAGGAGGGUUUGGAAGAGUGUGACGCCCUGCUGGCACCAAAAGAGCCAGGCUCUACCUUGGUGUUGUCCUCCCUGAGAUCUGAAAACGUGAAGGGCUUCGUGACAAGAGUCGGCACUAGUCUUGUCAAGGGGGACAUCCAUUUACGUUUGACGACACUGCCUCCCAAUACCCCUAGAGGCACUACAACGUCUACUCCAUCCACUCGUCAUUUAUUUCACUCUUCAUCAUCCUCGUCCGACAUCCCACUACCACAACUAUCCACUGUCAAAGCAUUGAUCAACGACUCCAUGGACGUCAUUGAUGUUUCUCGAUGGACCGGUCAAUCGACUGACUCGUCCUUCAUCUCCGGCCAACUGAAGCUGCUCCACGAUAAUCUUCGGGAGGCCAAGACCUGCCUGAAAGGAUCUGUCACGGGCACUGAUUUGGAGUCAAUCCCAGGAGCGCAGUGGUGGUUGCAUAGUCCGGAUGAGAACAUCUUCCAACCCCCGUUGGGUGAAUAUCUUAGUCUGCAUUUUACUAUCCAGGAUGCCAAUCUUGUUCUUACUGUCAGAACCUUGGCUCCUGCAUCACCCGGCGGCACUCCAAGUACGCCCCUAGAGUCUGGCUUCUCGCUCUCUGGAUUCAAUUUACGAUCAAAGUUGUUGGGCCUUGGUCCUAGACCUCCGCACCACGAUGAAAUGGGAGAAGUGUUUGAGUGGCGUGGCAAGCAAGACGUCAUCGUACGCGAAAAGGUCCGCGUUGAGACAAGUGACCCGAGUCUAUUGAGUGUUGCGGCAAAGUUGAGUGCUCUUGAGCAUGAAGUUGCGCGAUGUCGACUGAACCUGAGAGUCAUCUUGACGGGGAGCGUUGAAGAGGAUUGA